AAGUUCCAGCUGUCAAUUCGUUCGCAGCUACUGGUCACGUGACCUAGUGUGUGCGUAAACCAACCUUUAAGUUUCGAAUCCCCCACGCUAGUGGUCACCGAUUCACUUGGAUUCACGACAGUGCAUACCGCCAGUCGGUUCGAAUAAUCGCCUCGUGGCAGGUGAAGACGAAAAUCGGCGAAGCCGAGCCUGCCAGCUAUCCAAUCACCUAGUCAACCAGCCGCCGUAUGAGGUACGGACGAGCCGUGAGACCGCGCCUCGAUCGUCGAUCUUGCACAGAAAAUUUUGUUACCGAUUGCGGUUCGACACGGCGUGCAAACUUUCUCGCAGCGAUCCGUGUAACGCGUGUUACUUUUCCUCGUCUUCUUUCCUCGCCUAGUUGUUAGUCGGCUUCGAUUCCCCUCGUUUCGGUCGCUUUUUGUUUCGUUUAGUGCGCUACGAGGGUGAGGCAUGUCUUCCUUCAAGGGUGAUAAGAUUCCGUGUGCACGACUUUGCCAUAUCAUCAAGUGGGAUGAUUUUGACGGCUAUGGGUUCAAUCUACACGCGGAAAAAGGCAAGAACGGUCAAUUUAUCGGUAAGGUGGACGAUGGUUCUCCUAGUCAGGCUGCUGGUUUGCGACAAGGUGAUCGAAUCAUCGAAGUUAACGAGAUCAACAUCGCGAACGAGACCCACAAGCAGGUUGUUGAACGCAUAAAGGCCUUCCCCAAUGAGACGAAACUUCUGGUGGUCGACCAAGAGGCCGACGAAUAUUUCAGGGCCAACAACAUCGUUAUCAAGGGCACCAUGGCGAACGUCAAGGUGAACAAGACCCCAGAGAAGAACCCGAAUAGUAUCGAACAAGAAGAGCUCAACGGCAGCAACGUCUCCACGGAUGAGAACGCGCAUAAAUCAAGUGGAUCGAACGACACUUCGCACAGCGAGAGCAGCACGCUGACGGCAAGUGCGACGAGAACUUCGAACAGGAGCGAGAACGAGAACGAGAGCGAACGUGAGGAGUCUGGCCGAGAGAACGGGAACGGGAACAUCAGGAACGAGACGACGAUGGCGCACGUGCACGACACCGGAAACGGCAGCGUCACCGGUAACGAGCCACGACAGGGCCUGAACCUGAAGAUGAGCGCCAAAGAACUCAGAGCCCAGCUGGCUGCGCGCAAGAAAUACGAUCCGAAGAAAGAAUCGAUCGGCUUCAAGGACAAGUUCGACAUCGUACAAAAAUUAUAACCGUUGCUCUUGUCCGUCUCGUUCGAUAGUCUUGUCGGCUAUGCUGCGCGGUGCUGUUUCUUGUCUCGCUAUUAGCAGUGUCAGGAUGCUCGUGUCCUGACUGAUCCGGAUGAACGCAAAACACUGUCGGAUAUUUUUCUGAGUUACUGUAUAGACAGAAAUAGCUCGAGGUAAUAGACAUUUUUGAAAUUCUAACCGGGCAUAUACACGCGUGCGGAUAUAACUAUCUUUGUGUGUAUCUGUUUGUACCUGCGAGUCCAUUGAAGUCGGAUGGUUUGCUACGGAUAGGACGAAGAACGCAUUUGAACGUUUCUAAAUUGCUGAAAAGUCUGAACGUAAUAACGCAUUGCGAGUCGAUCGAACGCUAAAAUAGUUUCUUGUCACAUUAGAUAUACAGUUGUCCCGCUAACUACAGCGAGAAUUGCGCGCACCAAGGACGUUCACGACGACGCGGGAGAAAGUGUAGAACGUUGCGCGACGUACGACGCGUAACGCGCGCGUCAUCCGUAAUUUUCAUUAUUCCUUGUCAAAUUUAACGUAUCGUUCGUUUUCUUAUUGUAAUCGAAGGGGAACGUGUAUAGCUUGCGAAGUAAACAGCGUCUUCCAGUUCUUGCGAGUAGUACGUAGAUAGGAAAGCCUCUUUUUCAUAAAAGUAACCGAUAUUUGACACAACGAGCAAUAUGCCGACACCCGAAUGGAUUAUGUAAUUUAAGAAAUGUAACGAUGUGCAAAAAAUGCGGCGACACAAUAGUGGGAAGACUCGGGCAAAUUUCCACGUUCGUUGGAAGUUUCAACGAGCGUGUGCGACUAUAUAUAGUUGAGAGAGUCGCAGGAUUCGCAGGAAACUCGGGUACUCUCUAACUCGACAUUGCUAAAUAUUACGACAACUUGUUGUGUAACUUUCAAUUAUCGCCGUCGUGAUCCUUUUGCGUCGUGCUUCGUACCUUACGCGAAUACCUAGAAGCUAGUUGUUUUGUUCUAUUUUUUAUUGCUCUUUUGUUUUUCGCACGAUAUGUACCUACAUACAUUCCGUUUUGCGGUAAUUCCUGUAGCCACGAUAAACACCGAUCGGUAACACACGGAAACGCGCGACUUUAUUAUUUGUUUGAUGAAGCGUUACAAGGAAAAGAAACGAUUUAUUGCCGAUUUCGUCAUAUAUUUUUUCGAAGCAUUAUAUCGCACAAAUUUCCAAACUCGAUAAUUAAUUCGAUCGACGCAUCAGAGUCAAAUAAUGGAUGCCGAUAUAUUGAAUUUAAUACCCGAUAAUAAAUCGAUCGAUAAAUUGGAUCGGACGUCACACUUUCUACGAAUGAUGUCAUGCGAGUAUCGAUAACAGGAUUCCUAUAUGGCUAUUUUACGAUUAAAGUACGAUAUCUUAGAAAUAACAAUAUUUCGUGCUGUACAUCUAUUAUUGGAGAUCGAUAGAUUUGAUAAGGUGAAGCGCUUUUGUAAUUACAGCGCGGACUCUUAUCUGUUUAAAGUCAGACAAAGAUAGUUGUUUUGUUUUAUUCAUAAUUCGUAUUUCGUUAAAGCUGUUUUUAUUUUGAAAUAAAUUUUACAUAUGUAUAAAAAAGAAUUCUUCUUUUGCGGUAUUUUCAACGAUGCAAAUUUUAGAUACAUAUGUAUAACAGAACGGUUCGGUUGAAGAAACAACAGGUUGUAAUCAUUGAAAAGGAAAAUGUAAUUCUAAGAAUAAUUUGUUAUUUGUGAAUUUCGUCUAUUGAAAUUCGAAUUUUCUGUUAUAAUUUUCGUCUACCAUCGAUAAUCGGUGUCAAACGAAUUAAAAUGUCGAUUUGAUCGCGAAUUGCGAUCGAUAACACCGCGCACUAUAGAAACCGAUCGACCGCAUUAUCGAUCAAGAAGAUCGAGUCGCUCAAGGUUAAUUCGCUUAUCGUGAUCUAUCGGUUUAUGCUCUGCACCGAAUAUACGCUAUGUAAAUUCUUACAUAUUUCUCGUUUUAACGCAAUACAUUUGCAAAGUUCGAUGCAUAUGCAUGUUCAUUUCUGUAAAUAUUAGAUCUUCGUGCGUCAAGGUCGGUGCAACGAUCGGAAGAACGAACGAACCAUCGUCUUCAUGCCUUGUUUCGCAUUAAUUAAUAUCGCUGGCCGUCGAUAUAGUACAUACGUAUCACGCGUUCGAGGCAGUUUGCGAUAUUUCUGCUAGUAUUAAAAACGAAAUUACAGUAUACUGAAAACUUGAAACGAUAAACUCUAUCCCUUGACAUUUUGAAAUGUUAGUUUUCACGCAAACUAUUGCACCGAUUCCUUGAAAUGUAUAUAAAUGCUCUGAAUAAGAGUAGAAUACACACGUUGUUACAACUAUUGCACAAGUUCAACGUAUUUUUUAAGCGUAACUGUAAGCAUUAUGUUUGACGACAAGACUUAGUUGUACGUUAUUCAUCAAAUUAUGUUCAUUUACGUACAUCUCUGUAUAAAUAAUAUUGUACGUA